UUACUAUUGAGCGGUCACCUUCGGGUCAGUAGGGGGCAGUAAAAGACUGCAGUAAUUUCACCGCUGCACUGUAUCAAAUAUGCGAGGAAGAGACGUGCGUGUUGUGAUACGUCAUCAAACAUGUCAGCCUCCGAGUGACAGCAGCUGAUUUGAUCAUUGGAAAUUAAAAUGGUUCAUUCAGAGGAUUGCAACAUUAUUUUCCGGGUCAGAGGCAUCUUAGAGUUUGCUUGCCAGCUUGACGACUCUAAUGAGGCACAGAGCACCAUCUCAAAAUCUUUCCAGGGUCUCCGUUCCAAAGUAUCAUCAAAUAAGCUUGUAUUCAGUGUCACUAACAGUCCAGUGUUAAUAUGGCCAAACAACAGUUUCCAGUCGAGCGUGGAGAGUUUGACAGAGGCAUCAGCAUGUGGAGAUAUUCUGAAGUAUAUAGAGUCAGAUAACAGUGGAAACAAGAAGGCAUCUAAAAAGAAAGAUAAAUUCACUGGACCUACUGUGGUGAAUAUGAAGCUGUUGUUUGAGGUGACCGAGCCUGCUGGGAAUGAAGCUCCUAGUCUUUACAGAGUGAUCAGACAACAGCAUUGUGUGAGGAUGCCACUGCCUAUGGACUGUGUUCUGUCUAUAACCAAUAAUGAAAACCUGGCAAAUGCAUGUAAAGGACUAGUGGAGGCAUUAAGUAACCAAGUAUCAGACAUGGAGGAGGUUGUGCUACGGUAUAAGAAGGGCUCUUCUCUCCUGGUGCCACAGCCAUUUCACUUUCAGCUGCCCGAACCUGCUGGACUCACCACCGUGAUCUAUCCUGCAGGAGUACCAGACCAUCAACUGCAGGCCGUUAGAGAGGAUCUGCACAGGAAGUUUGACUUGCCUGGUGACAGGCCGUGCCUUAGACGUGCCAAUGCCUUCCGAUUUCCUGAUGAAGCAUAUAAAGACGGUUACCUGCGCAAUCCCCAUGUACACCUCAACCCCCCUAACAUUGAAGAUGCUAAGCUGUAUCUAGUGCAGGGUGUGUACAGCUAUCAUCACUACAUGCAAGAUCGAGCAAAUGAUGACGGCUGGGGUUGUGCAUAUCGUUCGCUUCAGACCAUCUGCUCUUGGUUCCAGCAGCAGGGAUACGUGGAGACGGCUGUUCCGACACACACACAGAUCCAGCAGGCUCUGGUGGAUGCAGGGGAUAAAGAGCCUCGUUUUGUCGGCUCACGUCAGUGGAUCGGCUCCAUUGAAGUUCAGGUUGUACUUAACCAGCUGCUUGGGGUCACCUCAAAGAUCAUGUUUGUCAGCCAAGGAUCUGAGCUUGUUACCAAGGGCAGAGAACUAGCCAACCACUUCCAGACUGAAGGGACACCUGUCAUGAUUGGUGGGGGUGUGCUUGCACACACUAUUCUAGGUGUAGCAUGGAGUGAGAAUUCUGGACAAAUCCGGUUCCUAAUCCUUGACCCUCACUACACUGGUGGAGAGGAAUUGCAAACCAUCAUUGACAAGGGUUGGUGUGGAUGGAAGGGGCCGGAGUUUUGGGAUCAGAACGCCUAUUACAACCUCUGCCUUCCCCAGAGACUGAAGACAAUCUGAGUCACGUACACCACACUGACUCACCUUUAUUUGUACAGGAAUUAGUGAACU